AUGUUGUAUAGCUUUCGAAGAGCACGGACAAGAACCACCUUUAUCUUGUUGGCGGUGAACAUUGUGCUCUGCGCCAUAUCCGUACUCCAUUGGAUAGUAAACUCGGUGGUCAUCUUGGGUGUCGUUUCGGUGGGUAGGGCUGAAGUGCUCGUCAUCGUAUUGUUUCUUGUCUUCAACUAUAUUAUCAGCGAUGCCAUCGUUAUAUGGCGAGUAUGGUUGAUCUGGGAGCGUAAUGCAAAAAUAUGUAUCCCGUCCUUUGUCUGUCUUAUUGAGACACUAGUGAGUGUCUUGAUUGGCAUAUCCUCCCGGGAUCGAUCCUUCGGUCUUGUUGCUUUAAUCUGGGGCUCCCUUUUGGGCUCGAAUUUAUGGACAACAUCGGUAAUAGCUUGGCGAGCGUGGUUCAUCGAAUCACAUUGCUUCUCCAUGCCCCACGAGGUCACUAACUGGUGCCUGCAUUCACCGUAG